AUGUCGAUCACUCUCAACAGGUUCCCUGUGUUGUCCACAUCCCUCUACUCCGAAGAGAUGUUCGGACGUCCUGCUGGCAGCGUUGCUGGAUUCAUUUCCGGCUUUCGACAUACAGUUCUAGGCAGCCCGGCGCUGAUUGCUUGCAUUGUCGUCAAUGUCGUGGUUCUGUCCUACGUCUUCUCAUUCCUCGCCACCAAGAAUCCCGUUCCCCUAGUUGGCUACCCUCGGUGGCUCGGUGCAUACUAUGGAGCUGCGCGGUUUGCCAUCAACUCUGCACGCAUGGUGGAGGAGGGCUACAAGAAGUACAAAGGUGGCUUCUUCCGGCUGCCGCUCUGGAACAACUGGGCAUAUAUUGUAGCCAAUGAGAAGUGCAUCGACGAGAUGUAUCAUCUCCCCGAUGACGUGUUGUCGCUGCGAUAUGCUGCUCAUGAUGAACUGCAACUGCCAUAUACCAUGGGAAAGCAGCUCCACGAUGACCCCUAUCACCUUUCCAUUCUCAGGACAAGACUAACCCGCCAUAUUGACUAUCUUGUGCGAGAGUGUCUAGACGAGCUCCCAAUGGCGUUCGAAGACACGAUCGGCAAGAAGUGCGGUGACACAUGGACAGAAUUGAACGCUUUCGAUAGCUUCAUCGACAUUGUCGCACGCACUUUCAACCGCAUACUCGUCGGUGCACCUACCUGCCGCAGUGCUAAAUACACUGCUACUUGCAAGGAGUUCGCGUUCGAGACAUCUAUCGUCGGUUUCAUUAUUAAUCUAUUCCCCACAUUCCUUCAACCAAUCGUUGGAAGAGCCAUCACACGACUGCCAUCGUUGACAAGAAGAUCACUUGCUUCCCUCGGACCCGUCAUUGCUGAGAGGCAGGCGGCGAUGGCUGAGUACGGCCCGGAGUGGCAAGAUAAGCCUAUGGAUUUGUUGAUGUGGCUCAUGGAGGCAGCUCAAGGUCGCGAACGGGAACCGGAACGUCUGGCAAUCAGGAUCCUUGUCAUCAAUAUCGCCACGAUCCACACCACUGCGACGACCUUCGUGCACGGAUUGAAUAACCUGCUGGAUCACAUGGAAUACGUUGCUCCAUUGAGAGAGGAGGCAGACGAGGCGAUCUACACACAGGGCUGGACGAAGCAGAUGGUCAACCAACUCGUCAAGACCGACAGCUUCUUCAAGGAAUCGUCUCGACUGAACGGGCUGGGAACAAUGAGCUUCCCCCGGAAGGCGCUUAGAGAUAUCACGUUCUCGGACGGCACUACGGUCCCCGAGGGCUCGUACAUCUCUUCGGCGUUCUAUGUUCAUGUGGACGAAGAGUUCUACCCGGAUCCGUUUACCUUCGAUGCAUUCCGUUUUUUGCAAGAAAGCUCUGGAGGUUCCUCAAAUAACAGCAGCAAUAUGAUUCGCACCAACCCGCGCUAUCUCAUCUUCGGCCACGGCAAAUACCCAUGUCCUGGGCGGUUUUUGGCAACCUACAUCCUGAAGGCGACCAUGGCUCACUUAAUGACAAAUUACGAGAUCAAGCACAGCCCGCAAGGCAGAUUGCCGGACAUUCUAUUCCAAUACAAUCGAAGCCCGAACAUCCACUCCGCUUUCAUGAUCCGUCGACGGAAGGUGGCUUAG